UCCUGCUGAGUCGCUCUGGGUCCCCAGUCCUUUUCCUUAAUCUCCAUCUUAACUUUCCAUCUGUCACUGGUUCCCCUGCAUCAGAAGCACAGCCAGCCAGUCCUCUAAGCUCCCCCAGGGCGCUAGGCUCCCUGAGUCGAGCCCGCAGGGCUUGCUGGGGCGGAGUUCGCAGGGAGGCUGCUGCCUGUCUGAGCUGCAGUCAGGACUCGGAGGCUGGGGCCUGGCCGCCACAGAGGGGCGCGCCUGGCUGGCGCGGAUCUGCCCGCACGUGAACUCCUCCUCCUUGCUGGCUCGGCGCCGAGCAGUGAAGCUGCCCGUCUCCGCCCCGCUCCAGCUCUUGGCAUAGUAAUCUCAGUUCCUGAUCGUGCAGAGCUGGCUCCUGGCUGCAGCGAACUGCUCGAGUCCCAGCAGCGGUGUGGCAGAGCCAGGGCUGGGAAUCGACUGGAAGCCCAGCAACGCGCAGACAGCGGCCCAGCGGGGGACACCCCGCCGGAGCAGGCCCAGGAAGUCCAUCAGCGAAAUAUUUCAACAUUUCAUUUGUAUCAUCCUAUUUUCUCCUUUCUAAAACAGUUCUGCUUGGCACACUCAUUUCUUGGAUUCAGCCACACAACACAGAAGACAGACUGUUCUCUCAGUUUUAUGAGACCUACCAGCUUUUCAUAGCAGGCCAUUUCGUCAGAGGACUCAUCCCUGUGUCUUCCUUCUGAGUUCCGACUACUUCCCAGUGGAAAGCAUACUUGGAACAGACCCUGGAGUGCUCUUGGAAAGAGGUCCCAUGGGGACUGUACCUGACCCUCUGAGGGUGACUAAAGCUUCGAUAGUGGCAGCUUCUGGGAAGGAAAAGUCUCGAGGGGAGCCGGAGAGUGUCUCACUACAACCAGCUCAGCCAGAUAAGAAUGCUAGUGGCACUGGCAAUGCUCCUGCAGAACCCAGCCUCAGGCUCAGUCCGGCUGCUCACGCCCUGAUGCAAGCUUGUGUGCAUGAGUCCAGCCAGCAAGACAUGGCAUCUCCUGGUGUCUUCAAUGAAGCAGAGCAAAUGUCUCCUAAACAGAAAUCUCCUGAUGACUCCCAGCUACAAGGAAACAAGGAGUCGGCAGCACCAGGCCAGAAUACUGCUGCAGAAAAGGAACUUAUAUCUGCGCCAUUUUUAAUGUCUGCAGUCCAGCACACUCACCAUGUCAACCGAAGUGACCCACCAAAUACUAGCACUUGUCCCGUACCUGAAGAUUCCUUGGUGAAAUCGGAGGCGAAUUCAAACGGUGAGAAACCUGAAAAGUCAAGUUGUCCUACCAGGGUGACCUGUUGCAUCAGCAAAAAUGAAGGGCUCUGUGAUUUCCCUUCUCCAGAAAACAGCCAGGGAAUUGUACAGACUCCAGAUACAACAAUAAGGAUUCACUCAUCCCCUUCUGAAGACAGACCUGAGGGAGAAGGGCAGAAAGUCAACAAUAACAUCACAGUGGUGUCCAGUGAACCUCCAGCAAGAGGGGGAUGCUCAGAGAACAAAGAGCCCUCUGCCACUGCCUUAAACACCACAGCUGAAAGGUCGGAAAACCCUCCACUGUCCCCCCUCACCAGCAAAGAGGCCACAUGUUCUUCAGAAGCAAGGCAGGUGCUGCUGCCAGCACAGCGACCAGUGUCAAGGUUCAAAGAAGCCAGUACAAUGACCUGUCAAUCUGAAAGCGAGGCUAAGGAGGUCCGUGGCAGGGCUCGGCAAGAUGCUGAGGUACAGGCAGUGGCAAGUGUGGAGAGCAGGUCUGUCUCUACCAGCCCCAGUAUCCUCCCUGCAUAUUUAAAGGAAAAUGCUGCUCCAGAGCAGGAGAAUGGGCAGGAGCAACUGCGUGUCGUUUGCCAUGGCAAGGGCAGUGGAAACCACUUGUUGGAACUCUCUAACAGCAUGGUAGACCCCCAGGAAUCAAGGCAGUGCCCCAGCAUUGUACCACAGGUACAUAUCCAGGCAGCUGUCACCACUCCUGCAGCUUUCAAAGGGGAAUGCAAGCUAGUGAACCAACCAGCCGAAGGCCUUAAAUCCCCACUAAUCCAUGUGGCCUCCAGUCAAUACCCUGAUACAGAGGAAAACCUGCGGUCCUUAACAAACAAAGAGGCAACCUCCAGACAGCUUGCAUGUACUAAUCCUGACUCCCAGAAAGCUAGCCAUCAAGCUGAGAUAAGUCAGGGGUUGGGGAACUCUGGACCCAGGGAACCUGAAUUUGUAGUGAAAACAACAAAUGACCACAAAGCAGAGCCAGGCUGCAAACCGUCCAGCUCUCAUGGAGGUGCCAACAAUGACAACCCCCCGGAGAGUUUGGACCCCACUGAUAAAAGAGGUACAAAGGACGAGAAACGCGCUUCUCCUCUUAUUGUGAAAGACCACGCACCUGGAGCCACCAGCACCCUAGAUGCCAAAACCCUACUGCUAAAUCCUAAAUCUCAAGGAAAUGAAGGUGAGGGACCAGAGGUCAAUCCUGCACCCUCCCCAGGGAGGAAGACCCAACAGAACACCUUGGAAGAACACAAGCAGACCAAGACAGUCACAAGUCUAAGCCUGCCAUCAGAUGGCACAGGUGACUCAAGCCCAGGCUCUGGUAAGAGGACCCCUUCUCGCUCAGUGAAGGCCAGCCCACGCAGGGGCAGCCGGGUCAGCGAGUUCCUGAAGGAGCUCAAUGUGACAGCUGCUGUUGCUCAGGUGGGGCUCACACCUGGAGAGAAGAAGAAACAGCUGGGUGCAGACUCCAAGCUGCAGCUGAAACAGUCCAAGCGCGUGAGGGACGUGGUGUGGGAUGACCAGGGCAUGACCUGGGAAGUGUAUGGUGCUUCCUUGGACCCGGAGUCCCUGGGAGUUGCCAUCCAGAACCAUUUACAAAGACAAAUUAGGGAACAUGAGAAAUUAGUUAAAACACAAAGUGGCCAGACUCGAAGAUCUAUUUCCUCAGAUUCUUCUUCAAGUAAGAAGCUUAAAGGGAGACAACAGGGUGUUCUGCAGUCCAUGCUGCAAAACUUCCGGCGCCCCAACUGCUGUGUCCGUCCUGCCCCGUCCUCUGUGCUAGACUAAAAGGAAACUGCACUGGUGUAUGAGCUGUGGUAUUCCUUGUGUCUAUUUGUGUCAAAGCUUACAAGUUUGGAUUUCUGUUUUGUUUUGGGUUUGUUGUCAUUGUUUUCUGACAUACCUAGGAGUAAAAGCAAACUAUUAAGUUUAACUAUUAAGAAUUAGCUAAUACGAAAUGUUGUGUUCUCCACAAAUAAAAUACCAUUUCACACUGAUAAAAUACAAGAGGUGAAGCAGAUAGUCCGAGUUCAGAAGAAAUGAUCAUCUGGUUUUUUAAUCCAUUAUUAUUUAUACACACAUUUUUAUUAUACACAAGUCAUUUGAUAUUUUCACCUCAGUCUAUUUAGUGGUAUUUCCACUAAAAUAUCUGCUUUAUGUCAAAACUAGCAAAAAUAACUAUUAGCAACACUGGUAAUUUCUGUUAUUACUAAGGUGAGGAUGCUAGUACCAUAAAAAGUUGCUAGUACCACAAGAGGAUGCUAGUACUACAAGAGGAUGCUAGUAUCUAAAGCUAACCCUUUUUGUGUGAAGAUCACGUUAGAAAAGUUAGCUAUAUUUCCAAAUAUGAAUACUCCCUGUACCAAACAUGAACUUAUAUUUGUACAUUUUACUGCAUUGAAAGCAAAGCGCAUUCCUGUGCUUCGGACCACAUUAAAAUGGUACUUUCUUCCACUAGAGGAAGUGUCUGUAACUAGAGUCAUGAAAUUAAGGAGGACAGUAAAUUUUGUAUUGUGUGUCCACUGCUAACAGUUUCGGAUUGCUUAAAUGCACAACCUAGAUUCCUUCAGAUUUAUCACUUUUAAAAGACACGCUGUUAUACUUCAGAGAUCUUCAGGAAAUCAUAGUUUAAACUUUGGGUGGCCAUCUUCCCUCACUGGUUUCUACCGAAGGCUAGACAUGCAUGGGAACAUCCUUGGUGCCCUGAGCUGGGGUGGCAGCAGCAGCUUGUGCAUUGGGGUAGGAUGGAGAAGAAGCAUGGCACAGGUUUAGGGAAGGCCUUCCUCCCAGCAUUCAUCGUCUAGACAAUGCUAAUCUGAAGGUUGCAGUUAACACUUCAGACUUAGAUGUGGAAGAAAGAGCAACAACCUUUGCUAAAAAUCGCUCCUGAUGAGCUAGAAAAAGGAGCUUCCAUGUAUCUUUUUUUUUUUCCUUUAGAGACUCAAAUAUCAGUGGUACAGCCACGUGUCUAUUUUGUUUUUUUCAGUUUAUUUGAAUUUUGUAGGUUAAAAACAUAAAAAUUAUACCUGAGCUCCAAAUCCUGAGCUACACUGCAUUUGAUUUCUAUAAGAACAAUUUAACUGAGUGUGUAGCUUCGUAAGUAGGCCAUGGUGACAGCGGCCUCCAAGUUGGAGAAUGAUAAUUACAGUGUUACACUUGGAACUUAUAAUGAAUUUCUUAAUAAGGCAUAUUUUCAGCUUCUUACUAAUUGGCUUCUAUUAAGGAUGAUUUAUAAAGUAGGAAUUACUGUCAAAUUACUGAUCAAAUUGCUAUAUUAAUGAUUAGAGAUUUAGUAUAAAACUCUUUCUUUUAAUGUAAGUACUCAUUUGUCUCAGACACCUUUGUCAGGAUUUUAUCUGUCUCCUUUCUUAUACACACCCGGGCUUUCUGUCACAUGUCAGCACCCAUACUGUGCAUACACAAGCACACUCCCCACACACACAUACACAGGAGCGGCUGUCAACAGGGUCCACUCCGGAUGGUGGGCUCUAGGAAUCAUUUGCUGCUCAGUGCUACAACAGGCUGUUUCUAUAGUCAGAUAGGAGAGGAAAGGUAGUUCUGACCAGCAAUAAUGUUUGUGAAUUUAGAGUAAACAUGCAAUACAUAGAUUGUUACGCCUGAGAGAGUUGUAGGCAUCUUUCCCAAAUUCAGUAAAUCAAAACUGCUCAUUUUUGGUAUGGUGCCUCUCAAAGCAGAAAUAUUUGAUUAAUAAAUUUCGUUUUCUUUGAUACUAGAACUAAAUUUUUAAUGUGUAAAAAGACUCUGGAAACAUCACAAAAUGGUACAAAUAGACUUUUGCUGUUUCCUUUUGCAUCCUACAGAAUUGAGAGUUUUUAGAAACAUCCAUGGAAAUUGCCUCUCCAAAUGGAUCCAUUAGGUUGCACAGCUGCUCAGGUGUCUAUAUUAUGGUACCUGCCCAUAGACACUCACAUAGUAAAACCCUAGUUGAAGUUUUCCCUUUUCAUAAGUCCAUGACACAUAAUCCAACUUUCAGGGUAUCAUUGGGUCCUCAUGUCUUCUUCAUCCAGGUAGGCACACGAUGGCUUUCCUGGAAGACUCUGGAAGACUCUAUUUACCAAGAUAGAGUGAUAUCACUCUAUCAUUGGUUUGUCUGUGUGACAUACACUGGUUUAAGAGUUAUUUAUGUCUAUCAUUAAUUUUUUUCUUUCUUUUAAAAACUUUUUAUUGAUUCUUUGUGAUUUUCGCAUCAUGUACCCCCGUUCCACUCAUCUUACUUUCCUCUCAUAACUGCCAUCUACCCUUGUAACCUCAUCCCAAUACAAACACACAAAAACAAACAAGCAACAAAAAUAAAAUAUAAAAACCAUCUCAUCAUGGAAGCUGUAGUGUGUCAGAAUGUGUCCCACAGUAUAUUUCUCUGUGCAUACAUCUUCACUUGCAACUGUUUAUUGCAAUAUAUCAUUGGUCUGGUUCAAGGUCUCUGGCUUCUGUGACACCAUCAUUAUUGGCUCCUCACUGGGAGUCCUCCUGGUUAUCCUGUUGUUGCCCUGUGUCAUGGAGAUUAUCCAACUUGGAUUAGCAGGACCUGCCCUUCUACACACCCCAAGAAUUCAUAGAUGAUAUAGAGCUCAGAUAUCAAUGAGGCCCAGAUCUGGGGCUUUGAGUUGACUUACUCCAAAAACAAUAUCAUUAUUUUUUUACAUGUCAUUUAUACCUUCCUAAUACAUCUUAGAUCUUGAAAUAUAGGUAGUAAAUAUUUUAUUGAAGAAAUAAAUAGAAAAUACUUUUGGCAUCAGUAAAGAAGGGAGUGGAACUCAGGAUCUGGUAGUUCAUCCACCACUUACAAUGUAAAGAUGUUAUACCACUUACCAAGAAAAUAGUAGAUUUCUUAUUUAAACUGUGAUUGUUCAGUUUCUAUGACCUUAAGACAAACAUUCCAGCUUCCACUGUAAUUUGUUAAUUGUGAAUGAUUUUAUAAGAACAUCAUUUUUAAUUAGAUCGUUUUGAUGCCAUGGCCACCUAUGUAACAUAUAGUAAAAUACUAAUCAAAUUUUGUUUUGAAUCAGUUGCAUAAAAUGAGUAUUUUGUUGUGUCAAAGUUCAUCAGAACCCAUAUGUAUGUAUUUCAAGACGAAAUAGUUGUAAACGAGAUUCAUAUCUUUCCUACCAUGCCAAGUUCAGCUAUACUGAAUGGAAUUAGAUCUUGGAUACAAUUUUUUACUCUUCUAAAUCCAAUACACCUUAUUUAAGAUAUCUGUAUUUCCUGUGUUAUAGAUUAAGUAUAAAGCUGAAGUUGGACUGAAUGUGCGUGUGAAGCUUCUACUUAAAGUCUGGACUUUGAACCCGAAUCCUAAAGCAGAAAGAUAUGGAUAAGGAAGUUGUGGUUUAUCUGGAUCUCAAAAUCUUGGGGUUUUGCUGUUCCCAGUUUGUACUGUUUUUGCUUCAUCCUUCUGGACAUGGUGUAUAUACCACACCAAAAACAGAACACAAGGGGUUGUCCACUUUUAUUAGUAAGGGAUUAUGAAAGUGUGUUUUUAAUGUCUCUUGUACAACCUCCUUUGUAUUCACUGUUACACUUACUGCAAAUACAUGAGCAAUCAGUUUCCUUUUACUUGCACAGUGAAAGUGGUUUUUAAAGAUCCCCUUCUAGUAUAACAUAAUUCACCAUAUCUCCUGUCUACUAUUUCAGAUCAGUGUAAAGAAAACAAUAUAUUAGAAUAACAUUUGUAUAUAGGUUUAUGAGCUUUUAUUGAAUACUGGCCAGUCAUGGCCUUAUGUAGACUAAGAUUUACUAAUUACGUACAACUAUGCCACGGAGUUGAGGCUGUCUCCUCUCUCCUGCUUUGUUCCUCGUGGUGUGUGAAAAAUAAGCUUGUGAAUUCUCCAGUGUGGUGCCAAUGAACUCUGACGUAUCUUAAAGUGAGCUGAUGACAUUGUCCCUGCCACGGCUUUGCCUACAUGGUGAGUCAAUGAAUCAGAAAACUUGUUUCUGCCCAUGUCAGUACCUACUGUGUCAUAAUUAUACCUGAACAUUCUGUUUUCUUUUAGCAGUGCCCCUUGAUGUGUGGGCAGCCUCUUUGGUUGGUUCUUUCCCAAAACAGGUCAGCUGCUGCCCCAUGGUAAAUGAAACUGGUCUGGGAAUCUCCUGCCAUCCUUUGGGACCAUACCCUCCCCUAACAAAAUUCUCCAACUGAUGAAUGAUUCUGAAAGGCAUCCCUGCAUACACACAGGAUUACAAAGCACCACACAAUGUUGAACAUUUUUGAAAAGUAGCUUUGUAAAUACUGAAACAGACUUCCAUGGACACUAUCUUACUUUUGGAACAGAAAGUAUUCCUUGGCUACAGAAAUCAAAAUUUUGAUUUGCAAUAACCAAGAACAUAAAGGAAAAAUUGGAGUGGGAAUUUUCUGUCUCACAGUGAUAUAUUGCUUUGUUUAACAGUGAAGACUCACCAGCUCAGCUCUCACUUGCCACAACCGAAUAACCUCUCUCAAAGGAACUCCAGUCCAUCUGUGUGCGCAUACAAACAAAAGACAAUCUGGAAAAGACUUACUAUUAAAAAAGUCAAGGUCACAGCAAUUAUAAAGGACAUCCAAAUAUCUGAGGACUCAGAGAGAUGACGGUGGGGACCAGAAUGGCACAACAAGAUGUUAUUUACACAUUUUUUCCUAAGACUCAGAUAUCUCUGAAACCAAUUUGAGAAUAAAGACUGUUGACUAUGAAAAUAAAGCCAAGCAAUAUCAUGCCAAAAGGAGGCAGUUAUGCCAGCAAGUGCAUCAGCUGUGAUCACACAUUAUGUAAUUAUACUUUGCUCUGUGAAAAUUGACAGUAGCUCAGAGAGCAUGUGGAGGCACAGUUUCAGCUUUCUGUUGGAAAGCUUGAUCAGAUGCUUCACAUGAAGAAGCAGCUCAAUGACCAUGAGCAAAGAUUAGCCCACGUCUCAUGACAGCCAUGACAGAAGAGGAACCACUGAUUCAAACUCAAAUCACCUUCAACCAGGAACUUGGUCCAAAAAAAAAAAAAAAAAAUCAAAGAAAAAACAAACAAACAAACAAAAAAAAAACCAAUUGAAUUCAUAGAAAUUUCUCUUCCUGCACACUAGCCUGCCAGAUACAAUUCAUUUAACUCAGCCUAGUGUAUUGCAAGACUUAGCAAUGAGAAACAGGCUCCCAAAUCGAAAAAUACUAAAACAUGAGCCCCCUUUUAGCAAAAGAGCCUCAAAUAAUGCCUUACAGAGAAUUUUCUAGAUGAUUCCUGAAUACUAAUUACUCAUCAAGUGUCUUUCUGGGCUCAAGUUCAAAGUUAAUUGGCUGCAAAGUAUUGAGAAUUAAGUCACAUAUUUUGCACCUCAGGAAAAGACACUGAUGAUCAACCGACAAAACAGUAAUUAUGAUGAGAUUGUCUCAUGAUCUAUGUGGAUGAGAAAGAAUUAAAUAAGAAGGUCUAAUCUAUAUCUCUUCAAUGUGCAAAUGUCAUCAGGGUUUUCCUCCUAUUAGGGAGAAAAUUAUAAUUUGAUUUUUUUUAAGUUGGUUUGUUUACAUUGCUGCUAGUAUUAAUUUUUGUUAUUUAAAAAAAUAACCUGUCUCUUCUUUAGGAAAACUUCUAAGUAGUUUAGCAGUUUCUUCUGAUUCACAUGGAUUUUGAAGGCACUUUGUGAAGGUGGUGUGUGGAUGGGCAGAAGGCAAUGGUCUUCAUCCAGAGACAAUCUUGAUGACUUCAGCCUCGGCUCACAAGUAUUCAUUUUAGGCCACAUAUUGGCAUAAGUCACUUUCAAUCAUGUCUUUAAAUGAUUCAGAUACAUUGGGAAAUGGCAGUAUUCUAGACCUGCACCUCUGUCCUUAAGAGAGAGGAAAGACUAAUAUGGCUUGCUAUAAAGGGAUCUACAGAUACCUGCUAUUCAAUAUAAGAAAAGUCAACCAUGCCUGAAAACUCAAGGAAAACUCUCAAGUAGCAAUUACUAAAUCUCUAUUUUUUUUUUUACCUCUGUUGUGUGAUAACACUGUAGCUGGUUGUGGUACAUCCAUACAUUCUAUAAGUAUGUACAGUCUGUGAGUGUACUUUACUACUUUUAUGUCUAGAAAAAAAUUAGCAUGAUAUAGCUCAUUUAAAGGCUAUUUCCUAUCAAUAAGUAGGUACCUGUAGGAAAGUUAAAAAAAAAUCAACAAAAGUGUGUAUGUGUUUUUUCAGUGACAGAACUGACUCUUUCAGUAGAAAGUCAGGAGGAACUGAGCAUAAUUUUGCUUUGUUUCUUUAUCAUCAUAAGAGUUGCCAGCAGAAUUACCACAAAGGUUGAAUGGAGUGGUUGGUACCUUGGCAUGUUACUAAAUAUGCCAGAGCUAAUUUCAUAUGCCAUUAGUCACAAGUAAGGUCAGUUCUUUGACCACUGGGUUGAUUUACAUUCCUCACACAUGCUCUGAGUUAAUUGUGUGACAGUAUGUACAUGCCAUGAGUGUGAUUGUGUACAUACCUUGUAUGAAUUAUCAAAAUUCUUCAAGCAGUUGCAGAAAAGCAGAACAAAGAAAUAAUAAAUCAAUGCCUCAAAAUGCAUAACCAAUAUGUAUUUUCAUUUUCUAGACAUAAAAUAUGUAUAUGGCCAAGUGUAAAUGGCAUAUCCAAAUAGAUGUGCACACAAGAUUCAUUUUAUUUAAAUGGCUACAUUUGAAUAAAUUAUUAACAAAACAACUAAUAGCUACAUCUUUCAUGAUUUUCCUAUUUUGCAUAUAUUAAUAUUAAAAAUGUAAUGUUCUUCCUUAAGUGAAAUUACACACAAAUGGCAAAUUUUACAUGUAAUAAAAACCCAGUCUAUUUAGCAUUUCACUGUAUCUGAUAUCUGAACAGAUUCAGAGUUAUUAAUGCUAUUUUCUAAGUCCAGAACUGUAUCUGGAAAUGAUACACACUGAGGAAAACCACUUAUAUUUUGAAAGCUGAAUUUGGGCCUUUACCAAUAUUAUUUGCACAGCCUGACAGAAAGCUUACAUUUUUGUUGAAGUAUCUCCAAAUUUCUCUAGUGUACACAAUGACUCAAAGACAAUCACGGGCCUUCUUUUGAAAUUAGUAAAACAGUGUGACCAAAGAGAAAUGAGAGAUCAAAAUGAAAACAAAUUAUAGUAAGAUAUCAUAAGACAACUGGAAGUUCCUUAAGAAAGACACUGAUACUCUGUACCGAAUAAUACCAAGGCCAGUACCAUUAUCCAAACAGUGGCAAUUUAGAACAAAAAUAUUUAGUUUAUCACAGUUUUUCUUAAGGAAUUGAUCAAAUUUCCCUAAUUUCUUCUCAAGGAAAGUUAUCUUUUAAAUAAAGAUCAGAGACUGACAUUGUUAACACUUCAUUCAAUUUGACCCUGGUUCCAUGACACUAAGAAGUGUAUUAGCUAGUUGCUGGGCUAAAAAUAUGAAUGGAAAUAUCAUAAUUGCCCCUUGAUAGAGAAUUCCAUUCACAAACUACAAAUACAACUUUUCACUAAAAGUUCUGAAUAAUUUUGGAAUACAUAUAUAUUCCCUAACAUUUGAAUGAUCCUAGAACAUUUUCCUGGGGAAAAAUGAACUAAUGUUGGCAUUAAUGAGUCUGUGUCUGCUGGUGCUGGAGAGAUGGUUCAGUGGUUAAGAGCACUUACCACUUUCAUCCAGAGAAGCUGUGUUGGAUUUCUUGCACCCACAAGGAAGCUACAAUCAUCUGUAACUCCUGUUCAGAUUAGGAAAUAAAUCAGGUCUUCACACCUGAGAAAUGGGCAAAGGCUAACCAACCAUACAGGCACUGCAUGACAACUGUGUCUGGCCAGUUUACCUGUGAUAAGAACAGAACCCCUGAGAUCUUUAUGUUCACCAACAUUUUUUUUGCAUAAGAGAAAUCUGUGUAUUUUUGAAAAAUGCAUACAAAUUUAAAUAUCACCAGAGAAUGACAUGACAAUUAUUUUGUGUACAUCCACUGAAAAAGAUCAAAAUGAACUACAAUGUUUAAUCAAUGGAGAAACAGUAAUAUUCAAAAUGCAAAGUAUAAGGAUUAUGGCAUCAUGUCUGUCUACAAAGAUCAUAAAAUACCUUCUUUAAGAAUGUUAUCAUCUCUUGGACAUUGUUCCCAAAUAAAGGUGGAAGGUCAUGUUGAUAGAAAGAUAAUGACUUCACAGACUCCAACCCCUAUUUGACAGUUGGUUUUCUAAUGGAUGUUAAAAAUACUGAGAUUCAACUGGCUAGCUACUUUUGUCCUCAAACUUUUUGAAAUAUGAUUUUUUUGCAUCUCACUUCCCAUAAUAAAUAUAAUAUGAAAUAAAAUAUCAUAUGCUUCUAUUAUUGUUA